AUGAUAAAAUUCAAACGGAGGAAUACUUUGAUUACUCGCUUGAAUAUUGAUGGUGUGGAUGUCUAUGAUCCGAGUAUUAUUGAGCAGCAUAUCAUCGGGCACUUCUCGGCUCUUUUCAUGGAUGAUGGAAGCCCGAGCGCGGACCCUUUGGAGAUUGAGGCGCUUAUUGAUGUGGCGGUUUCGGAUGCUCAGAAUAACUUUUUGGUUAGUAUUCCUGAGGAGAGUGAGAUUGCGGCGGAGGUCUUUGGCAUGGACGCUAAUAGUGCCCCUGGGCCUGAUGGUUUCUCUGGUUCCUUCUUUCAGACUUGCUGGGAAAUUAUUAAGACGGAUGUUGUAAGUGCUGUUCAAACUUUUUUCCGAUCUUCUUAUUUACCUACUGGUUGCAAUUCCAGUACAAUGAUUCUUAUUCCAAAGAAGAAGGAUGUUUCAACUGUUGCUGAUUUGAGGCCCAUCGUUCUGUCGAACUUCUUCUUUAAAAUCAUUUCCAAAAUCUUGGCGUCAAGGCUAAGCAGGAUUGCGUCCACUCAUAUCUCUAAUAACCAAUUUGGUUUCAUUAGUGGUCGCAACAUCCAUGAUUGCAUUAUGCUCAGCUCUGAGGGAUGCAACUCGAUGCAACGUACGAAUCGGGGUUCGAAUAUGGCUUGCAAAAUUGACAUUAAUAAGGCUUUUGACACCAUUCGCUGGGAGUUCAUUAUGCAAGUUUUGAGAGCGAAUGGAUAUCAUGAGAAGUUCGUCAAUUGGAUUUGGAUCAUUUUUAGCUCUGCCCGGGUCUCCAUUCUUUACAAUGGUCAGCUUUCGGGGUACUUCUCUUGUUCUCGUGGGGUUAGGCAGGGUGAUCCGUUGUCGCCAAUUUUAUUUGGGAUUGCGGAAGACGUCCUGAGUCACCUUAUCAGCAGUUGUGUGGAAUCGAGACAUCUUAGUCCGAUGGGUUUCAGCCGGUCAACUAAUUUUCCAACACACUUAUUUUAUGCUGAUGAUAUUAUCCUUUUUAGCACUGCUACGGUUCGUAAUGCUCGCAAGAUCAAGGAUAUUCUGAAUUAUUAUGGUUCGAUUUCUGGUCAGGUUUGCAGUCAGGAGAAAUCGAAUCUCUACUUCGCUAGGGGCGUGACUACGGAUAGGAGAAGGGCUAUUCAGCGUGUCAUGGGUUUCUCUGUGGGGAUUCUUCCGAUGACGUAUCUGGGAGUUCCUAUAUUUGUUGGUCGUCCGCGGGCCUCGUAUUUCAUGCCGAUCUUUGAUAAAAUUGUCCAAAAGUUUGCAAGGUGGAAAGGUCUUCAACUGUCUAUCGCAGGACGUUUAUGUUUGGUGAGGUCUGUCAUUCAGAGUUCGAUUGUGCAUUCGAUGAUGGUUUAUAAAUGGCCUAAAUCGUUAUUGCAUUCGCUUGAUCGUAAAUGUCGUAAUUUCAUUUGGACGGGUAGCAUUGAUCAGCAACCGCGUUGUUCUGUUAGUUGGAGACGGGUGUGCGCUCCUAAAGAGGAAGGUGGUCUUGGCAUUCGUUCUUUUACCUUAAUGAAUAAAUCUUUUUUGAUGAAGCUGGCAUGGAAGAUGAUAAAAGGUGAUGAUUGGGCUCAUCGGAUUAUGAGGUCCAGAUACCUCACGACCUUCAGCUAUGCUAAGCAAAAUAUUGCUAAUUCGACUGUUUGGCUCGGCGUGAAACAGGAGAUUAAUCCCUUGGUGGUUGAUUCUUACUCUUGCAUCAAUAAUGGUGCUAAUACUUAUUUUUGGAAGGAUGAUUGGCUGGGUUAUAUUUUGGUAGAUAAGCUCAAAAUUCCUCACUACAUGCAUGAUUAUCUCCAUUUCUCUGUGCAAGAUUAUUACUAUGAUGGUCUGUGGCAUUUCUCGGCUUCGUUUGUGAAUUAUUUUCCUGAGGUGGUGGCUGAUAUUUUAUUGAUCCCUAUGAGCGAGGAAAAAGAUUCUAAAUAUUGGAAGCAUUCGCUCAAGGGGAACGUCUCGGCGGCUUUAGCCUUCUCCAAGAAUUGUCAUCGUUACACUAUGGUGAAAUGGGGGACAUGGAUUUGGGAACCGUACAUACCGAUUCGUCGUUCGAUCUUAUGCUGGAGGAUUCUUCAUGGGCGCCUUCCAACCUUGGAUACUCUUGUUAGACAAGGUAUGGUCACUCCUAAUGGUUGCCCCUUUUGCUAUAUGGAUGCUGAAACCAUUGAACAUAUCAUGUGGAGCUGUCCUAGGAUUAGUUACGUUUGGGAAACGUUUCUGGACUGGUUUCAUAAAACGGAUCUGUUAAGUUGCUUGGAUAUUCACACUUUUUUAGUGCUGGCUUGGAAUGCUGCCUUCAGCCCCCAAAUUUUGGCUUUUUGGAAAGCAGGCAUUAUUUCCAUCCUGUGGAAGAUAUGGGACUGUAGGAAUGCGCUUGUUUUCGAUGAUCUCCGUUUUGAGGCUAAGUCGAUUCUUGUUUUUGUUAAAGCUUAUUUUAAAGAGAUGGAUUCUAAUUUUUCACGGCUUGGUACCAUCAAGAAUACUUGGACUGACUACGUGAUUGUUAGAAGUCUUGGAAUUGGCAGUCGAGCUGCUCCUCCCCCUCACAUGGUGGAGGUUUAUUGGUGGCCUCCGGUGACUCAUUGGAUUAAGGUCAACACCGAUGGCUCUGCUAAAGGGACUCCUGGUCGUAUUGCCGCGGGAGGAGUUUUUAGGGAUAAUUUUGCUUCUGUCCGUGGCUGUUUUCACAUAAAGGGUGGUAGUGGGUUUGCUUUUGAAGCUGAGCUUCUUGCGGUUAUUACUGCUAUUAAUAUUGCUCAUGAACGUGGCUGGCUUCAUCUUUGGGUUGAGUCCGAUUCGAUGUAUGUCGUGCGGUUGUUGGAGAAUCGCUCCACGGAUGUUCCCUGGCGUUUCUUAGCUUCCUGGAAGCAGGUUCUGCAUCGUCUUCAUGGUUUUUCUUUGAUUGUUACUCACAUCUUUCGUGAAGGAAAUCACCCCGCGGACAUAAUGGCCAAUGAUGAUAGACAAGAGGGAUGGUUGAAUGCUUUUCGCGACAGGUGCGAUUGCUUCGUUGGGGUUUCGAUUGUCUGCUGGUGUUGGGAUGGUUUUGCAGGAGGGUGGGCGAUUUCUGGUGUUAGGGUCGGGGUGUCAGCGGUGUCUUUUUUCAGUGCUCGGGUGAGCUCGACACUGGGAGCCGACUGGUCGGACCUCUUGGAUCUCCGUGAUCGGCGUGUUUCUACCGUUUCACGUCGAGCUUGCUUGAGGGGCGGCAGUUUUCGUCGUCGAUGUGCCACCUCUUGGAGUGUUAUCUUCUUCUUCCGUUUGCAUGGUUUUUCUUGGGCUGCUGAUUUUCCUUUUAGCUUCACUAGUUGUGCCUGGUGUCGUGCUGUUUCUGGUUUUCAGUUUGGUUCCUUUUUGGUUGGUCGUGUUUUUGCUUUUUCUUUGCUUGUUCUCUUUGCACAGACAAAUCAUAGAAAUGAUGAAUUCCUAAAGGAUAUGAAGCGUGCUAUGAUGGAAAGUAUGUUACAAGGGGUCUUGAAUAAGAGGAAGAAAAUAGAUGUUGUGGAGAAUUCUGAGCAGGAGACGUCAGAUGAUUCGAUAGAGAAUGGUAGGUCUCCUGUUGUUGUCGUCAAAAAGACUAGGUAUGAGAAACGCAAGGAAUGGAUGGUGAACUACAAAGAAUGGGUUGUCAGACUGUAUGAGGAUUAUCCGACAUUGUUCACAAGGACCACUCCUUCUGUGUUGGUGAAAGCUGUGGAACAGAUGAACGAGCAACAAAAGCAUGAAUCACAUAGUUCAUUGCAUGAAUUAUUUUACAUGAUUCGGAAUUCAUACAUUUGA